AUGACCUCUUUACCUGUCAACAUGACCUCAUCAUCAGUCCAUAUGACAUCACCACCACUAGUCAAUGCAACCUCACCCAUAGCCCACAUGACCUCUUCACCUGUCAACAUCACCUCAUUCCCAGUCUACAUGACCUCACCACCAGUAAACAAAGCCUGUACAGAUGUGUAUGGAUCAUCUUACAGACGCUCAAUUGUUAACUCAUUCACGAGUGGAUCAGUGGUUGUCGACACGACGCUUGUGUUCAAUGAUGACAGCUCAGUUCCCUCAGUAAGCAAUGCAACUACAGAACUCCGCAGUGUAUUUACGAGCAGCUCUACCUCCCUGAACAUUAUAUCAGGCACUGUUAAUGCAACCUCUUCUUCUUCUGCUGCUUCCACCGCUGCAACAACUACAACUACAGCAACUGCUACAACCACAGAAACCACCACCACUGCAUCAACAGAUCCUCCUACAUCCAGUGAAGGAACUGUCGACCUUAACUUUAGUCUCAACCAAACAUUCUCAUCAGAUCUCUCCAACUCAUCCUCAGAGGCGUAUCAGAUUUUAGUCGCAAAGGUGGUCAAAGAGCUAAACGGAGUGGGUGCAAAUGUGUAUGGACCAUCUUUCCUUCGCUCCAUCGUUAACGCACUAACGAAUGGAUCAGUGGUUGUCGACUCGACCCUUGUGUUCAAAGAUAAAAACUCAGUUCCUUCAGCAAGCAAUAUUAGUUCAGAAUUCACCAAUGCGCUUACAAGCCCUUCUUCCUCCCUGAACGUUAUAUCCACCCGCGUUUCUGCACAGUCAACAUCAACAUCAAGCAGUCCUCCACGGCCCACAAUGGGCUCACUGGCAGUCUUUUCACUAACACUGCUGGCUUUGGCACAGAUUUUGAUGGACUUAUAACCGACACCCAAGGCAGAUGCACUGACUUUGUCAAUAGCUUAUUCUAUGCUAUCAAGUGUGGGGGAAAAAACGAUGUACUUACGAACCAAAAAAAAGAAGAUAUAACAAGUGUGCAUAAUGAAAUUUACCAAUAUAAUGCCAUGUGGUAAAAAGACGUGCACUGUGUGUCAAAGAUUGAGACUGUUUUUCAGUAUUUUCCAUAUUUGAUGUUACAAUCACUUUUGUUCCAAUAUCAUUUUAUUGAAAAUCUAAUCAUUAAGAUUGUAAGUGAUCAAAAACACCAAAUUUGAUACUUUUUCUUGGCAUUUUUGUAGCAGAUGCCAUUCAAUAUGUUUGGUUUGUAAAUGCUUCUUUAUAUGCUAUUUUUAUGGG